AUGAAGACGACCACGCCGGAUCCGGCCCUGGCGGGCGGGCCGGCGACCCUCGCUGAUCCCGAUAUGAACGAGGUUUUGGAUUUCUUCCCGGUCCCAACUCUAGUCGUCUCGCCCGUGAACCGUGUCCAAAAGGUAUCGAGGGGGCUGGUGGAGCAAUGGAAUCGCACCGAGGGCGAGUUCGUCGGACGAGAUCUCUAUGCUGCGCUGUACGAAUACUCCCCAACCCAGCGAUUCGACAGGAUCCCUUUGGCCUUUGCCAUCGAGAGAGCGGUGAAGACUCGCUCACCCAGUCUUUGCCAAGCCGCUUACACUUCGGCCUCUGCAGCAUGGUCCGCGCGCAUCAUCCCCGUCUUCAGGGAAGACCACCUUUUGUGUUACGUCCUCGAAUGGGACCAGGUACAGGUACAGUCCAUCGCGGUCGACGGCGAGCUGACGCACAGCUGGUUUUCCAUCGACGAGGCCUUUCGGAUACUCGUGCAGACGGUCAAGGACUACGCCAUCUUCCUCCUGGACACGCGUGGCAACGUCGCAUCCUGGAACAUGGGCGCCACCCUGCUCAAGGGCUAUACAAAGGAGGAGAUUAUUGGAAAGCAUUUCUCCGUCUUCUAUCUCGACGAAGAACUUCAGGCCGGUAAGCCGGAACGAGAGCUCGAGAUCUGCCUGCGGGAAGGGAGAGUUGAAGACGAAGGGUGGAGGGUGCGAAAGGACGGCACACGCUUCUGGGCGAACGUGGUCAUCACCGCCGUCUACAAGAACGGGGUCCAUGUCGGUUUUGGCAAGGUGACGCGCGAUCUCACCGAAUGGAAGCGAGCCGAGCUGCGUCUUAUCUCCGCCUACGAGGAGAGCACCAAACUGAAGAACGACUUUCUGGCCAACAUGAGCCACGAGAUUCGGACUCCUAUGCAUGGCAUGCUCUCCGCGUCCUCUCUCCUCCUCGAUACCCCCUUGACCGACGAGCAGCGCGAGACGGCCAACAUUAUCGAAGAAUCCGGUAACGUUAUGCUGCAGGUAAUCAACGAUAUACUCGACUACUCGAAGCUCGCAUCCGGUAGCUUCUCCAUCACGACGGACGUUGUCAAUGUGGCUAGUAUCCUAAGCUCGGUAGUGCGCAGCGUCCAGACGACUCUGCAGCCCGGUGUGAACCUGGAACUUGUUCCUUCGCCAGACCUACCAACGUCUGUGCAGGCCGAUCCUUUACGGCUUCGCCAGGUUAUCCAGAACAUUGUUGGAAAUGCUGGAAAAUUUACCGAGCAAGGUUUUAUCACCGUGCGAGUUUCCCUGAUUGGCCAGGAUGACGAGAUGUAUGUUAUCUUAUUCGAGGUCAUUGAUACGGGGCCCGGGGUCAAAGAAGAAGAUGCUCCUAACCUCUUCAAACCCUUCACCCAAGUCGACACCACCAUCACCAAGCGGUAUCAAGGAACUGGCCUAGGGCUAUCCAUUGCGAAAUCUCUGGUCGAGUUGAUGGAGGGCGAGAUUGGCUAUCGGCCGAAUCCGGAGCACCAAGGCAGCAUAUUCUGGUUCACCGCGAAACUAGGCAAGAUCGAUAGCAAAGCGCCGCUCGUAGCCCUCAAAUCCCCGACGGAGGCCAGCUCCGACAUAUCCCGCAGGCUUUCGGUGGAGGCGGACGACUUUGAAAACCAGUUUAGACGCAUCCGAGAGAUCGCGCCCCGCAAGCGCAUCCUUGCCGCCGAGGACAAUCUAAUUAACCAAAAAGUGCUUGUCGGCAUGCUUCAAUAUUUCGGUUUCGUCAACUUCACCGUCGUGGCCAACGGGGCCCAAGCGGUCACGGCCGUGACCGAUCCCGCGGAACAAAACUAUGAUCUGGUAUUAAUGGACAUUAGCAUGCCGAUCAUGGACGGCUACGAGGCUACUUCGCGCAUCCGCAGUCACGGCCCGCGACCGCCGAUCAUUGCCAUGACGGCUUAUGCCCUCAAGGGCGACAUGGAAUUAUGCCUCGAGCGGGGCAUGGAUGACUACAUCGCCAAGCCGGUGAACAAGCACUUGCUCGUCAAGAAGCUCCUCAAAUGGCUCGCGCCCAACCCACGGGUCAUUGCGCCGUUGCUCAAUCCUAGCAAGACGGUGAGGCAGGACGUUUUAGACUCUCUGAAUCCCCUGUCGCCAAGGCCGCUGUCGGCGGUCGCGCACACGCUCUCGGCGCAGGCACUGUACCCACGACCUUUCGGAGAAGGUGGCUAA